CAAAUGUCUACCUGUCCUUUUUAAUGGUUGAAUCAGAAUUCCACAUGUUUAUUUUUUUAAUGUAAAGUAUCUAAAAUAGAUUUAAAUAAUUAUGAGUGAAGGAACUAAUGAAAAAGUUCUUGCUAUUCUAGAAAAUAUAAAAAAAAACCAAGAUGUUUCAGAAGAAAAGGCUAUUAACAACACUGUUUCUGAAAAAAAUAAUACCAAUAAUGAUAGAAAUAAACCUAUUCCAGGCAAGCCUAAAUCUGGAAGAUUUUGGAAAUCUAAAAAAGAUAAAUUUUCAUCAAUAAGUAAGACAAAAGGAUUAAAACAAGAUUUCCAGAAGAAAACAGCGCUACGUUUGGAAUUAAAGCGCACAAAAGAACUAUCAAAACAAGUCUUAGAACAAUUAAAACAGAGAGAAAUAGAUCGCAAGGAGCGGAGGAGAGAAAACAUAAAACGUUCAGAAGAGAAUAAACGAAAAGCAGAGGUGGUACAAGUGAUAACAAACACAGCAAAGCUGAAGAGAAUGAAGAAGAAACAAUUGAGGUUCAUUCAAAAGAGAGAUGUUAACACUGAUGUUGAAUCUAAGAAUAAAUAAAUAAAUAAAGUUAAUAA